UCACCGACUAAUUGUUUCUCACUCACACACUCUCUCUCUCUCCCACUGAGCUGAAUUCAUUAAAUUCUCUCACUUUUCUCUGUCUGACGAGUUUAUAUUAACAAAGUUUGAAGAUUUAGAGCAAGCGUUUCACUUCCCAUCUUCCUCUUCUUCUCCUCCUCCACCUUCCUUUUAGUUAAUAACCGCAUUUAUACACACAGAGAUUGAUAUUAAAGAGAGGGUCUUUAUCUUCUUCUUCUUCUUCUUCUUCCUUUUUUCUUUAUUUUAUUGCUUUGAAAUAAUGGGUUUUGGGCGAUUACAUUGUGGGUUUUCGUAAAAAAGGAAAGUGAUUUUCUUUUCCAGCAUAUCUUCCAUGCUUGGACUGUGCUUUCCCAUUUUGGGCUCGCUUCCUUAACUCCAUUGAUUGUUAUACACGAACAAAAUCCAUGAACAGUAAUUAUAUACUCUUAUAUAUUACACCUUUUGUAUAGGUUUAUUAUAUGAGCCUUCUUGGUCUUUCAGAGGAUAUUUACAAAACAAACCCAUCAAUGUCUUCAAAUCUGGAGAGGUUUCUUCAAUAUGUGACUCCCACUGUCCCUUCCCGAUCCCUUCCUCAGAGCUGCUUUGAUAAUCUAAAUAGCCUCUGGCAAUCACCUGGCAAAGACACAAUUGAGUAUUUCACGUUGAGAGAUCUCUGGGAAUGCUAUGAUGAAUGGAGUGCCUAUGGUGCUGGCACCCCAGUACUGUUGAAUGGUGGUGAAACUGUUAUGCAAUACUAUGUUCCAUAUCUUUCCGCCCUUCAGAUAUGCACUAACAAAUCAGCUGCCGCUUCAAGGAAUCGUAAAGAGGAUAGUGAUGUGGUGGAAUUUGAAAACGAUUCUUGGAGUGAUGACAGUGGGAGUGAUAACCUAUCAACGUGUCUGAGCAACAACUCUAGCAAGGCUUGGGAUGCUGUUUCUGAGGAAUCAUGCUUAGACCAGGAGGGUUCCUGGCCAAUGAGGGAUAGGCUUGGCUCCCUUUACUUGCAGUACAUUGAGAUGGCUUCUCCCUACUGGAGGGUUCCACUCAUGGACAAGAUAACUGAAUUAGCUCAGAAUUAUCCCUCAUUAAUGACACUCAAGAAUGUGGAUCUUUCCCCAGCGAGUUGGAUGGCUGUUGCUUGGUAUCCCAUUUAUCACAUUCCAAGCCAGAAAAACGAAAAGGACUUGUCAGCAUGUUUCCUUAGUUAUCAUACAUUGUCUUCAACUUUCCAAGACAAUGCAGCGGAGGAUGCAGACACCAUUAACAGAAAAGAGACGUUACAUCCUGAAGCAAUGAGAACCGUAGGAGAUAAAUCUAAGGAAGAAAGCGGUGGUGGGAUUUCUCUUCCUCCCUUUGGGCUGGCUACUUACAAGUUGCAGGGAGAUCUUUGGAUAAAGCCACAUACAUCUGAUCGUGAAAGGAUGAUCCAUCUUUACAGUGCUGCAGAAUCCUGGUUGAAGCAGCUUGGCAUCCAACACCAUGACUUCAACUUUUUUAGUUUCCAUUGUACCUUGUAAAUUUGUUUGGCGUCAAUUCGGUGAUCUAGCCACCACCCAUCAAAAUUUCCCCCAGGUGCAGUUCUGAAAGGAUUCACAAACUACAAUCUGCGAUGUAAAAUUUAGGUUCCCGUCCAAUGAUAGCCAUGAGAGUAAUGAAACUCAUAAUCUUUUGAAGCAACAGAUUACUCCGGGAAGUUCUGUUAAGAGGGGGGAUUUUUGGACUCU